CCCACGUCUGCAUAUUCAUCUCCAGCCCGGAGUCUGGGGGACACAGGAAUCACGCCGCUAUCCCCUUCCCAUAUCGUGAAUGAUGCUGACCCGAACGUCUCGGAGCAGCAGAUGUUUCUGGUGGUGGUGGCCAUUGACUUUGGAACCACAUCCAGUGGCUAUGCCUACAGCUUCACCAAGGAGCCAGAAUGUAUCCACGUGAUGAGGCGAUGGGAAGGGGGUGACCCUGGGGUGUCCAACCAGAAGACUCCGACCACCAUCUUGUUGACUCCGGAGAGGAAGUUCCACAGCUUUGGGUAUGCCGCCAGGGACUUCUACCAUGACCUGGAUCCCAAUGAGGCCAAGCAGUGGCUGUACCUGGAGAAGUUCAAGAUGAAGCUGCAUACCACGGGGGACCUCACCAUGGAUACAGACCUAACGGCAGCAAACGGCAAGAAAAUCAAAGCCCUCGAAAUCUUCGCGUAUGCCCUGCAGUACUUCAAGGAGCAGGCGCUGAAGGAGCUGAGUGACCAGGCGGGGUCGGAGUUCGAGAACUCUGAUGUCAGAUGGGUCAUCACAGUGCCUGCCAUUUGGAAACAGCCCGCCAAGCAGUUCAUGAGACAAGCUGCCUAUCAGGCAGGCCUGGCCUCCCCCGACACUGCCGAGCAGCUCAUCAUCGCCCUGGAGCCCGAGGCAGCCUCCAUCUACUGCCGGAAGCUGCGGCUGCACCAGAUGAUCGAGCUAAGCAGCAAGGCCGCGGUCAACGGGUACAGCUCCGGUGACACAGUGGGAGCUGGGUUUGCACAGGCUAAGGAGCACAUACGGCGUAAUCGGCAGAGUCGGACCUUUCUGGUGGAGAAUGUCAUAGGAGAAAUCUGGUCCGAGCUGGAGGAAGGUGACAAGUAUGUGGUCGUGGACAGUGGCGGGGGCACCGUAGACCUGACCGUCCAUCAGAUACGGUUACCGGAGGGACAUCUGAAAGAACUGUAUAAAGCAACAGGUGGACCCUAUGGAUCCUUAGGAGUAGAUUAUGAAUUUGAAAAACUUCUGUGUAAAAUAUUCGGAGAGGAUUUUAUCGAACAAUUCAAAAUCAAGCGUCCCGCGGCCUGGGUUGACUUAAUGAUUGCAUUUGAGUCUCGUAAAAGGGCAGCAGCCCCGGACCGAACAAAUCCACUGAACAUCACCCUGCCCUUCUCCUUCAUUGACUACUACAAGAAGUUCCGCGGGCACAGCGUGGAGCAUGCCUUGAGGAAGAGCAACGUGGAUUUUGUGAAGUGGUCCUCACAAGGGAUGCUGAGGAUGAGUCCAGAUGCCAUGAAUGCUCUUUUUAAGCCAACCAUUGACAGCAUCAUUGAGCAUCUCCGGGACCUGUUUCAGAAGCCCGAGGUGUCCACUGUCAAGUUCCUCUUCCUGGUGGGAGGCUUUGCAGAGGCGCCCCUCCUGCAGCAAGCGGUACAGGCUGCCUUCGGCGACACGUGCCGCAUCAUCAUUCCCCAGGACGUGGGCCUCACCAUCCUCAAGGGCGCCGUCCUCUUCGGCCUGGACCCCGCGGUCAUCAAGGUGCGCCGGUCGCCGCUCACAUACGGGGUGGGCGUGCUGAACCGCUACGUGGAGGGCAAGCACCCACCCGAGAAGCUGCUGGUGAAGGACGGAACUCGCUGGUGCACCGACGUCUUCGAUAAGUUCAUCUCCGCCGACCAGUCGGUGGCCCUGGGGGAGCUGGUCAAGCGUAGCUACACCCCGGCCAAGCCUUCCCAGCUGGUCAUCGUCAUCAAUAUCUACAGCUGUGAGCAUGAUGAGGUGAGCUUCAUCACCGACCCCGGGGUGAAGAAGUGCGGCACGCUCCGCCUGGAUCUUACGGGGACCAGCAGCACAGCCGUGCCCACCCGGAGGGAGAUCCAGACCCUCAUGCAGUUCGGGGACACAGAGAUCAAGGCCACGGCUGUCGACAUAGCCACCUCGAAGAGCGUCAAGGUUGGGAUUGACUUCUUAAAUUACUAACAGGCCCGCCCCGCUGCCUGCGACCCCCGCCCCACCCCUGGACUCUGUUCCCCUGCAUCUGCUGACCUCAACCCUGACUGUUCUUUCUCUGUCCUUGACCCUCAGCAUUGCCCACCUGAAUUUCAGCAGGGAAGGUGGGAACGACUAGGGCUAGAAAUAAUUAGGGACUUUUGAGGGCACACUGGAAUCAGAAAAAACUGUCGGAAAUGGGGAUUGAGGUUUGGGAAUAAGAAAUCUGAGGAUCCUGGAAGAGCAGCUAGUUUUCAUAGGUGCCCAGUGGUGAGACAGCCACCCGACAAGGGAGUCAGUCCGUUUCUGCAGCGGCGAUUCAGCUUGCUUUGAACGGAUCUCUGUUAG